AUGAUGGGCAAGAUUAUCUUCUACGAGGACAAGAACUUUGGCGGCCGCCAUUAUGAGUGCAGCAAUGACUGCACCGACCUGCACACCAUGUUCAACCGCUGCCAGUCCAUCCGCGUGGAGAGCGGCAUGUUCAUGAUCUACGACCGCCCCAACUUCAUGGGCAACCAGUUCUUCGCCAGGAGGGGCGAGUACUCCGACUACAUGCGCAUGAUGGGCAUGAACGACUGUGUCAGGUCUUGUCGCCACAUCCCCAUGCACCGCGGUAACUUCAUGAUGAGGAUGUAUGAGCGCGCUGACAUGGGCGGCCAGAUGAUGGAGCUGAACGACGACUGCCCCAACCUCAUGGACCGCUUCCACAUGUCCGACUUCAACUCCUGCAACGUGAUGGAUGGCCACUGGCUGAUGUACGAGCAGCCCAACUACAGGGGCCGCCACUACUACGUGAGCCCCGGCGAGUACAGGAGGUACAACGACUGGGGAAGCAUGAACCCCAAGAUCGGUUCCAUCAGGCGCGUCAUGGAUCUCUAA